AUGGCAGGGCGAGGGGAACCUGUAGAGGCUCUGCCGGAGACCACCGGCGACCAUAAAGUGCCCAACGGUGUCGAGGAAGAGUGGAAACCCGCCAAUCUUACAGCUGAGGGAGUGAGGGAAUGGCAAAAGCUCGGCUGUCUUUGCCCCGUCCACAUCGGAGAGACCGUCUGCUUCUUUUGCGUGGACUGUAUGCAGGCUUGCUGCACGGUGUGUGGUAUGACUGACCACUACAACCACCAGAAGAAACACCGAGGAGAGGCGAUCCCUGAUGGUCAGUUUGGCCACACAGGGCUCUUCUUCCCACCAGAUUUCAUUGUCCAGGGUGUCCUCAAAUCCUUGAACGAGGACCUACAGCACGUUGACAUUCACACACCCAAGGCAUCAGAGAGAGUAAAGCAGUGCAUUUCCAGCCAUCAAACUGCCCUGGCAGCACAGAAGAGAAGUCUCAUCGACCACAUCAAUGCAGUGAAGAAGGCUCGGUUGAAAUACCUCCAGAGACAGCAGAAGCACCUCCACAAGACCUUUGAAGAGCUGACGGCCACAAGGGCCCACAUUCAGAAGUACACAGACUCUGACGACGACUUUAGCUUUCUUGCCUCGGAGAAGGAGACCACGCGGAGGGUUGCUGAGCUGAACGAGAGGUGUUCCAAGAUGGUUCUCCCCACAGAGGAGGACUGGGGGCUGGACAAGAUCAGAGUGGUUCGAAACGGGCAGUACGUUGAAGUGAACAGGGGCAGGCGACCUCCCCCUCGUCCCCCACGACCAGGGGUCAAGACCCUGCAGGACCCCACAUUCAGAGCCACCUCAGUGAAGCUCCACUUUUCUUUGGAGCCCGACAUGUUUGCUGCUUUUGUCAGAGCAUGUUGUCAGGAACUGGGGGAGAAAUACUGGCUCAGGGUGCAGUGA